AUGACGACUGACGUUUAUAGAGAGGUUCUUGCUAUUUUUUAUCCGGCAUUCUUUGUAUCAUCUUUACUCAUUCAAGCAAUCCUAGUUUAUUUUAUUAUUUUCCACUCUCCGAAAAGUUUAGAAACAAUGAAAGUGUUCCUAGUGAACACUAGUGUCUUCCAUGUUAUUCUUAUUUUUGUAAGCUGUGCUUCACAGUUUAGAAUGAUAUCCACAUCAGUGCCCAUUGAGUUACGAAGUUAUGGACCUUGUAAAUAUUUCGAGGCUUGGAUGGGCUAUUCGCUGUACCAGAUGUUGCAGACUUCCGCAUUUAUGAGUGGCAUGUCUAUUCUGGUCACCUUCUUUUUCAAAUAUGAAGUCGUUCGAUGUAUCAAACUUCCGCGUUGUCGGAUAAUCAUUAUUGUUAUCGGGUUCCACAUCCCCAUAUUUGUCUCAUUAUUGAUGGAGAUAAUCAUGGUUGUUACACAAGCCUUACCAGAUGAUGUCCGAGAAAAAUAUAGACUCAUCAAUAGUAACGUACAAGAAUACUCGGUAAUCGGAUCACUGAGCUUGAAAACUCUACCGAGCAUAAUCAAUUUUGCCCUUAUUUCUGGAGCUGUUGCAUUUGCACCUUUCAUAUCGUUUUUUUUCAGGAACAAAAUCUUAACUCGAAUCAACUCCAAGCUGAAUCAUCAUUCCCAACAGCGGAAAACUUUGAUACGGGUGUUUGUAAAAGGUCUCACUAUUCAAGCCUUUCUACCGCUUAUAUUCUACGUCCCAAUUUUUGGGCUUUACAUCUAUUGCAUUCUAACCCACUUCGAAGUUCUCUUCCAGCAAUACUUCAUGACGGUCGUCCCUUCGCUACCUGCCCUUUUCGAUCCAUUAAUAACUUUGUACUUUGUGACGCCAUACAGACGACGAUUGAAAAUUUGGAUGCGAAUUGAGAAGGAAUCAAAAGUUAUGCCUGUCAUAACAUCACAAAUCAACUAA